AUGGAAUUUUUAUUUUCGGCUUUUUCAAGGGAGUCUGACCAAAAAAGCGGUCGGGCCGAUAGCUUUAGUGAUAAGCUAAGUAGUAAAUACACAGUCAGCCUUUUGUCACUUUUCGCCUUGCUUUCCAGCUCAACUUUAAUUAUAGAUGAACCUAUAAGCUGUUGGUGCCCAACUGAAUUUACAUCAAGUCAGACUGACUACGUUACCAAGUACUGUUGGACCUCGAUAACGUUCAGUGUACCGGACAGCGUGGCAGUCAGGAACACUAAAGAGAGGCGUCUUAUCAGUUUCUACCAGUGGGUGAGUCUCAUGUUGGCAUUCCAGGCUUUUCUCUUCUACCUACCAAAUCCCCUAUGGAAAAUUUUUAGCAAAAAAUCCGGAUUAGCACUUAGUUCCGUGACGGAUGCUUCGUCAACGUGUCGCAAGUGUCCGGAUCUCGAGGAGUCGGAGAACAAUUUGAGAUACGUCGCCAGUACGUUGUUCAAUUAUCUAAACACCAUCGGGAAAACCCACAAAAGUAGAGGAAUUUUCGAGAGAGUGGUGUGGGUGCCGGGAGGUAAUUACAUGUCAUUCCUCUACCUCUUCAUCAAAUGUUUGUACAUGGCAAACGCAGUUGGGCAGCUGUACAUGCUGAACUCUUUCCUCGGCUACAAAUACAGUUUAUACGGUCUCGAGGUCUUGAACAACAUUUCAACAAAUUCAGAAGUUUUCCAAUCGAAAAGAUUUCCAAAGUAUGCUUACUGCACGCCGACAAUAAGGGUCUUGAAUAACAACCACAAGUACAUAGUGCAGUGCGCUCUACCUAUGAACAUGCUGUACGAAAUGAUCUUCCUCAUCAUCUGGUUCUGGUUGGUCAUCGUCAUGGUGACCACAGCUUCUAGCCUAUUGAAGUGGCUGGCGCUAACUUUCGUGCGCCACUUACAGUGCAGCUACGUUUUAGAAAUGUUGCGGCAGUCCGGACAGCUGCAGCAGAGAUUCGGGAGCUGCAGCAGCAGUAGCGAGGAGUACCAGAAAGAACAAGUCGAGGUAGAUCAGUUCGUGAGCUCCUUCUUAAGGAGAGAUGGAUGCUUCAUACUGAUGAUGAUUGAUGAGAACGCUGGGUCGUGGGUCACGUCGAAAGUUAUGGGAGAACUUUGGUUGAAGUAUUUGGAGAAGAAAUCCAUCAGGAAGAAAAUUAUUCCUGAAAAGUGUUUGGAACUGUUGAAAGGAAUAUCAGACGAAGGCAUUGAACUUGAUAACACCGCGUGCCCAUCAAAAAAUUCAUCUCUCGAGGAGGUUUGCUUGAAAAUGGCUUGA